ACUAGUUAAUAGACAGUUUUAUCUUUUACUUCUCUCUCUUUAUAUAGCCUCACCACCUUCUUCCCAUUCUCCAUUCCAAUUUGCAUUUGGCAUUUUUGGCAUCUCCCACCAUCUCUUCCAUUUCUCUUUCUCUCUCAAAUUCCUCUUCGUCAGGAAUUUGGAGAGUGAUCCACAAAUUGAUACAUAAGCCCUCUCAAAACCAUGGAGCUCUCCAUGCUUCUUACGUUCAGUAGUACACUACUGUUUCUGGUCACUUCACCAACAAAUGCUCAAAAAGGUGCUAGUCCUCCUGCACCAAUCCUGCCUCCAACUCCAUCUCCAGCUCCAGCACCAGCACCAAUUCCACCUUAUGUGAAUCUCACUGAUUUGCUUUCUGUUGCUGGUCCAUUCCACACUUUCCUUAAUUACCUUAUAUCCACCAAAGUGAUUGACACCUUCCAAAAUCAAGCCAACAACACAGAAGAAGGUAUUACCAUCUUUGUACCCAAAGACAAUGCCUUUUCAUCUCUUAAGAAGCCUUCUUUAUCAAAUCUCACUCAAGCCCAGCUCAAACAAGUCAUUCUUUUCCAUGCCUUGCCGCAUUAUUAUUCGCUCGCAGACUUCAAGAACCUUAGCCAAUUAAGCCCAGUUAGCACAUUUGCUGGUGCUGGUGAAUUUGCUUUGAACUUUACAGAUGUUUCUGGAACUGUCCAUCUUGAUUCAGGGUGGUCUAAAACUAAAGUUAGCAGUAGUGUACAUUCCACUGAUCCGGUUGCAAUCUAUCAAGUUGAUAGGGUGCUUCUGCCAGAGGCAAUUUUCGGUACUGAUAUACCUCCAACUCCUGCCCCAGCACCAGCUCCUGAGAUUAGUUCUGCUGCAGACUCUCCAUCAUCUGAAUUGACAGAUGGAAGACAUGCUCCAGCAACUUCCCCUCCUAACUCGGCAUACAGAAUCAUCAACUUGGGUUGGAUUCAGUUUGUUUUGGCAGUUUCAGGUGUGCUGGUCUUGUUCUUGUAAGAGAAAAAAAAAUUCAUUGAUGAGAGUUCUUAUAAAUUAUGCUGAGAGAGUAUAUCGGCCGCAUUUGUUUCAUCUGCUUUGAUUUUCAAACCAUUUUUUCAUCAUAUAUGUCAAUGAAUUCUAUGUAAGUGAAUGAGUUACUCUUAUGAUCUCUAUUUCUAU